CGGCCACCCAGAGCUGCCCCCGCCCGCCGCGCCACAGCGGGGCGGAGCCUCCCGGAGAGCCCACGGCUACCAUGGGCGAGGCGGCGCAACCCCCACGGCCCGGGAUCGGCGUGGGGGUGGUGGUCACCAGCGCCGCGCACCCUGGCUGCGUCCUCCUGGGCAAGAGGAAAGGCCCAAUGGGGGCCGGCACCUAUCAGCUCCCCGGAGGCCACCUGGAGUUCGGGGAGAGCCUGGCCGAGUGCGCCGCGCGGGAGACGCUGGAGGAGGCGGCGCUGCUGCUGCGCGACGUGCGCUUCGCUUCCGCCGUCAACUCGUUCUGCGCCGCCGCGCGGUACCACUACGUCACAGUCCUCAUGAAGGGGGAGGCGGAGCCGGGCGCGGAGCCGCGCAACCGCGAGCCCGAGAAGAACGAGGGUUGGGAAUGGGUUAAGUGGGAUGAAUUUCCUCCAGCAGAUCAGCUCUUCUGGGCCUUACGCUGUUUAAGAGAGCAAGGUUACAAUCCCUUUACAGAAGAGCUCGAUCAUCUGAAGGGGUACACAGGAAGUCACCAGCUGGGGUAAAAAAUAAUGGCACAUGAUGUAACAAGCUAAAUGAAAGACCUGCUUUUUGGUGUAAAAGAGAAAAGGAUACCUCAUGCUCACUCUGCCCAUGGGAAAAUACCACCCUUCCUGAAGCCAAAAAGAUGCUGGAUGUUUCAGUGCUUUGACCAUAUCUCAUGUGAGUUGUCUCUCAUUCCACAGCUAUUUCUAGCUGUUGUGGUUAACAAUUGAUGUUUUCUUUUAUAUAAAUCUCAGAGUGUUUUAUUUGGUUAAUCUUUAUAUGGAUGAGCAGCAAAAGUCAAGAGAAACAUACUCCCUUGGUAACAGUUGCAGCAUCAGGCUCAAGAGGAACUUGUUUAAAAGUGCCCUGCUUUCUAUGUAAAACUCAUUUGUCUAUCAUGCUGCUUUCCUUAUCAUUGUAAAUAUAUAAACAAAUAAUUAUGAAUCUUCAACCAAUUUUUAAACUUAGCCUUGUCUUGUAGCUUCAGUUAAGAUACUGUCAUGAACGAAAGUCAUGUUCUACAGACAAUGCCCCAUUCUGCAGACAACAGUCUAUACUUGAAAGUCAGAGUAUUAUAAACAUGAAAAGGAUUGUUGAUGUUCAUGAUGAAAGGCUUGUUGCAGGGGGUAAAGAUUCCCCAAUCCUUCUUGCCACCCCCUUUCAUUACAGAGUUCCAUUUGCAGCCUCGGUUACAUUAGAAUUAACCUGCAGAAGUGUUCCAGAUCUCUACAGUUGAUCUUAAUUCCUGAUCAUGUUACUAAACUCCUAAUAGUUCAAUGGAAAGGUGCCUAAAGUGUUCUGCUAGGCUGACACAAAUAACAUUGCACAAACUAAUCUUGAUUGAUAGGUGUAGCUCUACAGUAGACAGCCAUACUUUGGGGCUAAAGAGGGUUGUAGGUGCUAAAAGCACAGAUAGAUGUAAUUCUGUAUGGCCACUGGAUUUGAUAGAUGUGAUGAAAUGAUUGAACUGGUAGGCAAUGAAAUCACGGUACAAAAACACGGUACACACACACACACAAAUUUGUACAGAAACAAUGAGUUUAUAUUUUUUCAUUUUUCUAGGAUCUGUAACCAGAUCCUAGAUUUUUUUCCAGCUGUAGUUCAUUAGAACAUCAGCGAUCAAUUUUAGGAUAUGACCUUUUUAAAAAAUCAUUAAUUGCCUCUUUUUUUUCUCUUCAGGGUUCUUCUAAAACACAGUUUUUGUGUUUCCUUCCAAUAUAUCCGUUGUACAAAAUGUUCUGAUAUCUUUAAUUUCUUUUGAAUAAUUUCUUUUGAAUAAAACAUAAGCACAAUAUUGAAAGAUUAAAUUUGUCUAGAAUUAUGAACUGACUUGUCAGUUGUUAAAAUAAACGAGCUUGAAUGGUUUAGAGCUUGGAGAUGGCUCUUUUUGCAGACAAGCAGACAGAGGGGUAUGAGGUGUAAGGAUGCUACUUAAUUAUCGCAAGCCUCCUGCUUAGAAUGUGAAGUAUUAACUCAGGACAGAUAUUCUUUCUCUGAAGUGAAUAAAGAAGAUAAUGUUAUAAAGCAGUUUUGAAAUGGGAAAUAUCACUGAAAAUUCCUUUACUACUGUAUCUCUGUAGAAAGCUUAUUUUUUUCUAUUCAAAAGUGGAGAUUUUCUUCUUGAAAGCAACUUUAUGUACACUGAAAAUUAUUCCAUUCAACUGUCAACAAAGAGGCUGGAGGAAGAGUUGACAGAUGUCCUGCCCAUCUGUCUCAAAGAGUAAAGGAAAAUAAAUAGAUAUUACAAUUAUUUAGUAUGAUUUAGUGCAAUUUAAAAUUUUAGAAGGCAUCUAACUCCUUAUGUGAAAACAGGGGUCACUGUAGAAUGGUUUGUCAUGCAAUAAAUAUUUUGUUACCAUUAAUGGUUAUAUUCAUUCUAUCUGUUGUAAAUAUACAAGCAGUGACUGAAAUGAGGACACAGACAGUAUCACCAUAUGUCAGGGCUUCUGUAUCCUUUCUAAGUGGACUGAUGAAAGGACUACAGUGCACUACUGCAGUCUCAGCUGUCAGCAAUCCCUAACUUAAAUAAAUUGGGGUUUAUGUAUCA